GUUCGGCUCGAGUCUUCGCGCCGGCCAGACGUGUCUGAGCUUGCUUCCGUACGGUGAGGUUAUAGGUUAACUGUGCGGCCGUCUGUGUUUCCCCGUGGGAACGACUGUGCGUGGUGUGCCUUCCCGGUGUCGGACCCGGGUUUUUCGCGGCUUCCCCCUCGGAGGGGGAGCGUUCCUGGCGAGGCAAUAGGCGCGAACUUGCUUGAGAGUGAUAACCCGAUUCGUGUGCUCGGUGCGAUGUCGACGGAGAACAAUUCGUUGUCUCUGGACGAACAGGCCUUCGACGAGUUUGCGCGAGGUGUUUCUCAGGAUUCCCCCCGGCCGGGGACAACGUGUCGCGGAGUGCCUUCUGCGAAAAGACACAGGGAGGAGGACAUGCCCCCCGAGGACAUUGUCGCGAAGAAGACGCCUUCCCCGCAGGACGUGGAAAUGGAGGAGAGUGACGUGGGGGAUCUUCGGGUGGAGUCCUCCGAACACGACGAGGAAUCCGGGACGGACGAGGCGCGGUCGGGCGCCACACCGACGAUUCGUGAUGAACAAUUAGUAUCACGUGAUAUGAAUCUUGCGGUCGCUACCGCUCCCGACGAUCUAAACAGAGAGUAUUAUAUUGUGAAGGACAACACGCUUACGUUACGUGAUCCAAAUAUUGACGAUCAUCGCUUCCAGAAGCCUGUGAAAUUUGACGAUGAUUUCCCAGGUAAGGCGAUUAUUGUUCUUCGCCUGCCUCAAGAUCAGACCACGAUAAAAAAAGGAAAAAACUUGAUAAAAAUAUGGAUGAUUUUAAAUGAACUAACUAUAAUUCCUGUGUCUGUUACGAUGAUUAACCAUUAUUCUGCAGAAGCGUUGUUUAAGGAUAUCUACGAUGCCAACUCAGCCCUCGAAAAGAUUAAUUCGCUCAAGAAUCCAGUCAAACUCACAGCUAAUGUUGAACAGAGAAACGUAAUAUGUAAGGGAGUUAUCUCUGAUUGGCCGUCGUCCAUACCGGCUCUGUGGGAUAAUAUAUGUGAUAGGAGCAGAAUUGUCAGCUUGGAGAGGAUGCUCCGCAGAAAGUGGGACCCUAAUAAUAAUAAAACGACGUAUUGCAGUACUGACAACAUUAUUAUCACGUUCAAGGAUAGCAAUAUUAGAAACUUGGCGAUUUUUGCAAGCGGUAUUGGUCUUAGAGUGAGGCCAUUUGUCCAACAGGUGAGACAGUGUUUCAAUUGUUAUAAGUUCGGCCACACCAAACUUAACUGUAAGAGUGAGACCCGCUGUAUUGUCUGCGGUGACAAGGCCCACGGCCAGUGUGACGAGACGCGCUGCUGUAAUUGCGGAGGCGCUCACAGGUCUACAUACAGAAAAUGUCCGGCUUUUGAAAAAAAUAGAAAUAUUAAUGUAGUGAUGGCUCAGAGGAACAUUUCUUUCCACAGUGCCAGAAGGAUUGUUGAAGGAGAGGUUCCGCCUUCGACCGAAUUUCAAAAUAAAUUCUUGGACCAGCGUCCGUGGCCUGCUUUGCGCCCGACUUCAUCGUACGCGGAGGCUGUGAGAGGGCCCAAUCGCCCCCUGCCCACCCCGAGGCAGGGGCCUACACGAGGGGAGACGCGCGCGGCCCCCCGGAACUUUUACAAAUCGUUUAACCCCCGCGAAGGUGAGAUCACCAAGGACAGGUGGGGUAUCCUCCUUGCCAACCGGGAGGCUGAUGGAAGCAGUAAAUCGAGAGACGAUGGCCCGGACGACCCGGCCUCGUUGGAGAAGCAGAGGAUUUUGAACUCGGUGGAGAUGUUGAUUGACAUGCUGCGAAGGACUCCCGAUAUCCGUGCAGUAGUACGGCGAGCGUUGGAGCAGACAAAUUUUGGCGGGUCCCCGGGGGAGUCUUCUCCUUCUCCCCCCUCCCAAGGACUAUACGGGACGGCCCCUGUUCCGGGGGUCGUCCGAUCAAGAGGAUUUCGACCUCACAAGAAUGAGUUAUCUAAGAUCUCAAUGGAUUAUGACAUCGUUGUCCUUACCGAGACUCGAUGUUCGGCUCGCCGCGGAGUAUAUCUUCCCGGAUUCAAGACGCUUAAUGGGGAUAACGCUCUCGGUAGCGGAGGAGUGGCUGUCGCAGUCCGGUCUCAUAUUAGAUUUGAUAUCAUCAGACUUGGCGGGAUGCCUGUGGGAUAUGAUGUGUUGGGGAUCAGCACCUCCAACUUACGGAAAAACUUUAACAUCUUUGCAGUCUAUAGACAUCCUAGAACAAACAUCGGUCCGCGCGACCUCAGGGAAAUCAUGAAUUCUGCUGACGGGUACAGUGGCCAGAGGGAUUCCAACAUCGACCUGUUGUUUGCCGACGGCGACCUGGCGGGUGAAAUCGAGUACUCUCAGUUGGAGGAAACGUGCGACAGUGACCACGUGCCCAUCGCCUUCUCAUUCAACACUGGAGAGCAGGUCUAUGAAAAACUCUCCAAUAGGAUUUCUUCUAAGAAGACGGACUGGGAAAAAUAUCAGGAGGCCGUCGAGGGGAGGAUGCGACAUCUCUUUGCGGACAUCUCGGAUCUAGGAUCGGAUUUCUCUGGCUUCUACCAGUCCUUCGUGCGUGCCGUUAAAUCUUCGGUUGAGGAGGCCACGGGUCGACGUGGCCGCGCCUCUGGAGGACGAAAAAUAUCGCAUAGAUGGUGGAAUGCGGACUGCGACGCUGCCAUUGCCGAGAGACGAAGAGCCUUUCAGGCUUUUAAAAAAACUCGAGAUACUCACACCUGGCACUGCUAUAAGCGCUCAUGUGCUGUGGUGAAAAAGACGUUGUGCCGAGCCAAGGAGAAUUUCGAAACUUUUUGCCAAUUUAUAAAUAGAUUCACUAGUUUGCCAUACGUAUGGAACACGCUGCGGAUAUUAAAAAAUGCUCGCAGUAGGAUCGAGUGGAACAAGUGGCAGACCAAGAACAGGGAAGCGGAGAUCAGGAGGACAAUUGACUCAACCGCGCAGAAGGCGCUGCGAUUAGAUCAGAGAAAUACGGUAGGACGAAACUUAUAA